AACUAAUUCCUGCAUCAUAUUAUAGGUACGUAAAACAAGCGCAAACAAGAUGAGCUCAUACUUUUGCAGCAACCAUAAGCUUCGGAGGAAUAGCAUCAACAUGUACUACUACAAUAUCUUCUUCUUCUGCUGCUGUCUCAUCACAGUUUCAAGGGCGGAUGAUCAUGAUCAAGUAUCAGUGCAGCAGCAAAACCCAUUACACCAGUUACUCUCCAGCCGAAAAGAUCUGGUGCAGAUUGCUGGAUAUGGAGAAGAGAAGCUUUCUACAGUACUAAUUACUGGCUCCGUCCAUUGUGAAGAGGCUUGUAGUCUGUCCGAUGAUCAUGAACAUCAAGCUCAUCAGCUUCAUCUUCAUGCAUGGCCUGUGUCAGGUGCUGUGGUGUCUGUCAAUUGCCGUGUGGGUGGGAGAAAAAGGAAAUUAAGUCGGUCACAAGGUGUCACAGAUGAAUAUGGAGAUUUCAUGAUUGAUCUACCUUCCGAUCUACACGCAGUUCCCAACUUGGACAAACUAUGUUGUGCAAGAGUUAUUCGGGUACCAAAGAACACACAGUGCAAAGCAGCAUUUGUAAAGAGGCACAAGGGACUGAAAUUAUCAUCAGUUGGUAAUGGUAUCAGAACUUACAGUGCUGGAAGGAUAAGAUUCCAGAAUUUGACACCUAAGCCUCCACAAGCAUGCAUUAAGAAAGCAAGCAACAACAAACAGAUGUAAUCCCCAUUGUUUCGUAGCUAAAGAGCCACAGCUCAUCUGGAACGGCGCUUCAGUCACAGCAUUGAGAUUGAGUGGUUUGAAUUCUACUUAUCAGAUGUAUAUAGCUAAGAAAAAAAGUGUGAUCACAGAAAUCAUGUGUGUAUAACUUUAAAAAUUCAUAGCAUGAGAGAUAUCAUGCAUGUAAAAGCUAAAAACCUCAUAUUUUGUUGUAUAGGCCACAGCUUUGGGUCAUGAAUAUCAUAUAAGUUCUGCAA